CCUUCCCCUCUGAAAAGGCCCUGAAACUUUCCCUCCCUUGGCGCGUCGUCUUCUUCCAUACUUCGAGAUACUCGAGGACUCGGCCGCUCCCGAAAGUCGCGGCCUGGGAUAUUCCGAGUUCCCGGAAGGUGCAAGCGGGAUCUCUUGCCGAGAUCUCGCCUGUUCUCGCCGGAGGUUUCCCCUGUGGAAUUUGUUUCCCGGUCGAUCCCAGGAGCGGGGAGGAAAGAUCGGUCCUUUGCUGAGAGAGCCCGCGGUUAGUGGAAUCUCCUCCGACCUCCGCCGAGAUCGUCACUUCUAGAUUCUUCGUACUCCUGGAUCGUGACUUGUCUGUUUUCGUUUCGGGGUUUCUGCCGGCGGAAGGGCGAGGUGAGGUAUGAGCUGGUGGUGACGUUCGCUUGGUUCGGAGAUUGUUGGGAUCGUUCCGGUGAACAGGUGGCGGUUAGCUUCGGAUUUUGUAGCUUUUAUCUUCCUUUUUUGCUCAGGGUUUCAUUGUGAGUGGCGGUAGAGUGUGGAAAGGGGAUGGGCAAGGUGGUGGCCGGAGCAGCUGUCGUCUGCGCCGCGACGGCAUGCGCGGUGGCGGCCUUGAUAGUGCGUCACCGUAUGAGGAACUCCGGCCGGUGGAGCCGCGCUAAAGCUAUCCUCCGCGAGUUCGAGGAGCGGUGCGCGACGCCGAUCCAGCGACUUCGGCAGGUGGCUGAUGCGAUGACGGUGGAGAUGCACGCCGGGCUUGCAUCGGAGGGAGGGAGCAAGCUCAAGAUGAUCAUCAGUUACGUGGACAAUCUGCCAACUGGUGACGAGAAGGGGCUAUACUAUGCUUUAGACCUUGGUGGAACAAAUUUUCGGGUUCUACGUGUACAGCUGGGCGGAAAGGAAUCACGUGUGGUCAAACAGGAGUUUGAAGAAGUGUCUAUUCCUGCUGAAUAUAUGGUUGGAACCACUGAGGAACUAUUUAACUACAUAGCAGCAGCUCUUGCAAAGUUUGUUGCAACAGAAGGUGGCGAUUUUCACCUUCCUGCUGGAAGACAGAGAGAACUUGGCUUUACAUUCUCCUUUCCUGUCAAACAAACGUCAAUUGCAUCUGGAACACUUAUGAAGUGGACGAAGGGUUUCUCAAUUACUGACACGGCUGACAAAGAUAUAGUUGCUGAACUGACUGCAGCACUUGAAAAACAUGGUCUUGAUAUGCGUGUGGCUGCCCUGGUCAAUGACACAAUUGGAACAUUGGCUGGGGGUAGAUAUGAUAAUAACGAUGUUGUUGCUGCUGUUAUCUUGGGAACUGGGACAAAUGCUGCAUAUGUGGAGCAUGCACAAUCAAUUCCUAAAUGGCAUGGCCUUUUACCUAAAUCAGGAAAAAUGGCCAUCAACAUGGAGUGGGGAAAUUUUCGGUGUGCUCAUCUUCCAUACACUGAAUAUGACCUGGCCCUUGAUGCUGAGAGUCUCAACCCUAAUGAGCAGAUAUUUGAGAAGAUGAUCUCUGGAAUGUAUUUGGGCGAGAUUGUUCGUAGAGUGUUGUUGAAAAUGGCUGAAGAGGCUGCUUUAUUUGGUGAAAUUGUUCCAGACAAACUUAAAGUCCCAUUUACACUACGGACUCCCGACAUGUCUGCAAUGCAUCAUGAUACCUCUCCUGAUCUCAGAGUUGUUGGAAAUAAACUAAGGGAUGUCCUGGGGAUAUCGAGUACUUCCCUCAGAACACGUAAAGUAAUCGUUGAACUUUGUGGCAUUGUUGCUGCUCGAGGUGCCCGAUUGUCUGCUGCUGGGAUAGUGGGCAUAUUGAAGAAACUAGGAAAAGACGUGGUUGGAGCUGGCGAGAAACAGAAGACAGUGGUGGCAAUGGAUGGUGGGCUAUAUGAACAUUAUACCUAUUUCAGAAGGUGUCUUGAGAGAGCCCUCUCUGAGCUACUGGGUGAUGAGUGCUCUAAGAUGGUAUCCGUGGAACACACCAGUGAUGGCUCUGGUGUUGGAGCUGCACUUCUUGCCGCAUCACAUUCGCAGUAUCUUGAGCUUGAAGAAUCCUGAGAAGCAUCUCUCUCUUUGGCUCGACACAGGGUUGUAGCCACGGCCUACAAUUUCAAUAACGUAGGAAGUAGAAAUAUCUUAGUUAAGGAGCCUUCUUGGCAUUACAGGUCUCCAGUAUUGCUUUUCAUUUCCCAUACAAUUAUUAAGUAGCAGGUUGUUUCGUGGGGUCUUCUCCUAAUUUAUUCACCAUUGUAUAGUUUGCAGGACCGGAAAUAUGUCGUCUCCCAUUAAGGCCUGCCAUUAUUUUUUCUUUCUUCCUGCUGAGUUAUGUUUCAUCUUUAUUAAGCACAUCUCCUAUACUUUCUUGGGAUGUAUCCGACGAAUAAAAAGCUGUAGCUGUAUCAUCCUGGAAA